AUGUUCGAGCAGGCAAACGCGUUCCGCUGCCCGCACCUCCAGCACCUCGCACUGUGGCAUUCUAGGCCUCCCGACACGAGACUUCCCGCGCGUAGCAGUUACGCGCGGGUACCACCACCGGACAACCCGACGCCCCCCACAAGAGUCGAGCCCCGACGCUCCUCGAUUCCACCAUACCAAGAGCUAUACGCCCGCCCCAGUGCCGUCCUGAACCAGCAGGCCGCGAACAACCACACCGCCAGCAGGGGCUGUGCCCGAACUGGCCGAUUUCCGCCCUAG